GAACUGAAAGUUGACCACGAUUUACAGUUCACGCAAGUCUCGAAGAGCAUAUCCGCAUCAUCUUCGGCUAGAAUAGCAAGAUGCAAGCUCAAGUUCCGAAAUCGGACAAAUCGUCCUCUUCUUCCGGCUCUGAGGAAGACUACUCUUCCGACUACAGUUCCUCAUCUGAAGAUGUCACCGAGGAUGAGGAGGGCAACGAACUCACUCCUGCAUUAGAUGCCGCUAUUUUGAGAACUCUUAGCAAAAUCAAGAAGAAAGAAGGUGUUUAUGGUGGAGAAAAUGUUCUUCAAGAAGAGUUGCGGAAAGCUCAAGAGAUUGCUGAGCAGAGAGGCUUGAAGAGCAACAUAGUCAAGAAGGUUGCUGAAAAGCCCUACCUUCUUGCCGACUAUCACCGUAGCAAGUUGCUUGCGGGCGAAGAUCAAGAUGAAGACUCUGAGUCUGCCGAACCUCUUACUCACGUGGAGUCUCAACGUCGGCUCCGUCAAGAGGCCGUUUCAGCCUUCAAGACGCUUGCUGAAGAAUCUGAUGAUGAGUCUGACGAAGAAUUUAUCCAGAAAAGGGAAAUGGACGCUCAAGAGGUCGAUGAAGAUGAUGAAGAGUACAAGAAGUUUUUGCUGGAAUUUGGUGGCGGUGAAGAGGAAGUAAGGAAGAUCCUUGGUAUGGGCGAUCAGCCUGCCAUCCUCAAGGUCUUGGAGAGUGAAGGAGGAGAAGAUGAGGAGGAGAAGGCUGCGGUAAGCAAGAUCGAGAAGGAGGAAUUGGAAAGGCAGAAGCAAGAAAAGGAGGCGAAGAAGGCCAAGGACGAUGAUGAUUUCCUUAUGAACUACAUCCUCAACCGUGGCUGGAUUGACCGAUCCGAAAAACAUGUCCCUACGUACGACGAAGUCGUCGGACCGUCCACCGAAGUUGCUGAAGAAGCUGCUGCCCAGACCAAGUCUACCAAACCCAAAUCUAGCCAUCCUUGGGGAGAGCUUGAUGAAGAAUCCGAUUUUGAAGAUCGUGCCGAGGAGUUUGAGACUGAAUACAAUUUCCGAUUCGAAGAGCCCGGAUCCUCGACUAUUGCCACUCACCCUCGUGACAUUCCUUCUCUUGUUCGUAGGGCCGACGAUACUCGAAAGUCCAAGCGAGCUAGACGAGCAGAGAGGAAGGCCGCUGAGAAGGCUGCCAAGGAGGAGGAGAUUAAGAGAGAAAAGGGCAAGAAGAGAAGAGAGAUGGAGAAGAGAAUGAAUAUUUUGAAACAUGACCUGGAGAAGGAAGGCUUCAAGGAUCUGGAAUGGGGCAAGCUCGAAAAGGUGUUAGAUGGAGAGUGGGACGAAAAUGUCUGGGAAAAGAUUGUUGGUGGUAUGUUGAGCAAGGGUGAUGAGCAGGAGGACGGGGACGACAACGAGAAGCCCACAUGGGAUGACGAACUCGGGGAUGCCGAGUACGACGAAGAGGAGGGAGAGGGAGAUUUCCAGUACGAGUUUGCUGAAGGCGAGGGUGAGGGUGAAGAUAUGGAUGUCGACGAGGACGAAGGACCUAUCAACAUGGAUGCCGAUUUUAUCGACGAAGAACCCUCCAAGAAAUCCAAAAAGAAAGACAAGAAGAAGAAGAACAAGAACAAGGAACACUCUCCCUCUCCUUUGCCUGAAGAUGAAGAGAACCAGCUCUCUAUUCCCGAGAAAGCUCAUGCUCUCAAAGAAGCUGUCGAAUCUUACAAUGCGCUCGCCCACGAAGACAUCAUCGAGGACAUGCCGACUCGUUUCAAAUACACUCCAUCAGCGCCUGCUUCCUUUGGUCUCACGCCUGUGGAGAUUCUAUUGGCCACCGAUGACGAGCUCAACAAGUUGGUUACUAUGAAGGGUAUUGCGCCUUACAGAAAAGGUGGUAUCGGAAUUCAGGGUAAAGGCUUGGGCAAGAGGGUGAGGGAAUUGAAGGACAAGCUGCGAGAGAGGAGAUGGGGUGAGGAACCGUCUCAGACUAAGAGCAGAGAAGAGAAGAAGGAAAAGAAGAGAAAGAGGGACGAUGGCGAGGAACGCGGACAAGACGAAAGGCGCGGGAAGAAGAGUGAGGGUGAGGCCACGGAGAAGAGCGAAAAGGUGAGAAACGGGAAGCGACUGGGAAAGAAGGAACGUAUGAGACUUCAAAAGGCCGCCGAGGCUGCUGGUGCCGCUCCUGCUGCUGCUGGCGAGCCUGAGAGUGCACCUGCGGAGAAGAAGAGAACAGUCGAAUCAGGUGAAAUGCCAGCUGAUGCCCCGGCUGCGAAUGGAGAGGAUGGAGGUGAUAAAAAGAAGCGCCGAAAGAAGAAGAAGAGUAAGGCGGACGGUGAAGCUUGAGCCUGAUCUAGUCUUGGCCGAGGGGCGUUUUGCUUUUGACGAUUCUACAUCCAUUAUACAUCCCAUAUCUGUACAUACAAAAUGCAUCUAUCACCC